AUGCCGGUACUGAGUAGAGUUCUUAUAUCUCCUGCGUUUCAGAACUUCGUCAGGUCUAUAAGUAACGUAGCAGUUAUAGGUUCUGGACAGAUGGGCUCUGGCAUAGCUGCUCUAUGUGGAGCUUAUGGCUACAAAGUCAAAUUAUUCGACUGUGACGAUGAUCAAUUAGAAAAAUCGGUAGAAAAGAUUAACAAAAUUCUCCACCGAUUGCGAAGGCAUAAAUCCAAAGACUUUGUUGAAUCAACUUUGUCGAAAAUUGAACUGACUAAGGACAUCAACGAUGCCGUUUCCGACUCUGAUCUAGUUAUUGAAUCUAUAACGGAGGAUCUUAAAGCUAAGCGCAGACUAUUCCAUACUCUUGAAGGUCUUGCUCCACAAUCGUGCUUAUUUACGACGAAUACAUCUUCCAUCUCUGUCAAUGAAAUCACUGAAACGUUUUCGCAAAAGGAGUCAUUUUGUGGAUUGCAUUUCUUCAAUCCCGUGGAUGUGAUGAAACUCGUGGAGAUUAUCAGGUGUCAUUUUACCUCUGAUGAAGCACUAAAGGUCAGGAAUGUUUCGAUUUUUAUACUUGGUUGUUUGCUUAACCCGCAACAUUUGAUGCCAUUUGCCGAGUCCUUAAACAAGACCGUUGUACAAUGCAAAGACACUCCGGGGUUUAUAGUUAACCGUCUUCUUAUCCCUUAUCUUCUAGAAGCCGUUGAAAUGUUCGAACGCGGUGAGGCCUCCUUGGAAUCCAUCGACCUGGCAAUGCGAGCAGGGGCAGGCCAUCCAAUGGGUCCUUUUGAACUGGCAGACCAUGUUGGUCUAGAUAUUAUUGUAGCCGCACUGGAAUACUGGACUCUCAGUUAUCCGGAUGAACGUGUCUUUAGACUUAAUCAAACCUUGCGCCAACUUGUAGCUGAUGGAAAACUGGGAAAGAAAGUUGGAUGUGGAUUCUUCAUCUAUGAUGAGAAUGGGCAUGUGGUGAAGAAAUGA